UGCUGGGGGUGGAGGGGAGAAGGAAACCUCCUGACUUGCUUCUUUCUGAUCUAAUUUUCUUGUCCCGUGCUCUGGUUAUGCCGUGAAAUGCUGAGGAAGCAGAAGACCGGCAGUGGCAGCUCGUGGUGCCUGGCACAGCCGCUGUGUCUGUCCCCUGGUCGCUCUGAACAGACCACACCAUGCGUGAGUACAAGCUGGUGGUGCUCGGUUCAGGAGGUGUGGGCAAGUCCGCUCUGACUGUACAGUUUGUUCAGGGAAUUUUUGUUGAAAAAUAUGACCCAACAAUAGAAGAUUCAUACAGAAAGCAAGUGGAAGUAGACUGUCAGCAGUGUAUGCUGGAGAUCCUCGACACAGCAGGGACAGAGCAAUUCACAGCCAUGAGGGAUCUGUACAUGAAGAAUGGGCAGGGGUUUGCACUAGUAUAUUCUAUAACAGCACAGUCCACGUUUAACGACCUCCAGGACCUGCGGGAACAGAUCCUACGGGUUAAGGACACUGAAGAUGUUCCCAUGAUUCUGGUUGGCAAUAAAUGUGACCUGGAGGAAGAACGAGUCGUGGGCAAGGAGCAGGGGCAGAACUUAGCACGGCAGUGGUGUAACUGUGCCUUUCUAGAAUCGUCUGCAAAGUCGAAAAUCAACGUAAAUGAGAUCUUUUAUGACCUGGUCAGACAGAUAAAUAGAAAAACACCAGUGGAAAAGAAGAAGCCUAAAAAGAAAUCAUGUCUGCUGCUUUAGGCUCCCACCACGCAGCAGCUCUGAGCCAGAUUGCAGGAAUGAAGAACUGUUGCCUAAAUGGAAAGUGCCAGCAUUCCCAACUUCAGAACCUUAUGGAAAUGAGUAACAUAUCGGAAGAAACUUCUCCUGUUUUUUAUAUUCUGUGGGAAGAAUUUAGAUCUUACAAAUGGUUUGCACACAGUCCUUGGAAAACGCAGUUGCUCUGUGUAUAUCUCUCGGAAAUUUAAGCCAAUAUUCCUCCUCCUUUGCAAUAGCAAUUAACAGAUGUCAGAAUAAAUAUAAUUGACUCUAGCAUAUGAUUAUCCCAAGGAGCAUGGAUGCAUUUCAAAUGUUAGAGAUUGCUACUAUAAUUAAAAUUCAUAUUGACCAUUUUAUUAUAAUUUCUCCCCAUCAAGCACUAAAAAUGUUCCACUGUUAUAUUUUAUAUCUAUAACUAUAGAUAUAUAUUAUCCAAAAUUUCCCUUUGAACUCACUGCAACAAAUAACUUUUUGAGUCAUUGACUUCAUUUUAUAUUUAAAAGUUACGGAAUAUCAUUAUUUUCAUUCUGCCAUUGUAUUCUAAUUAAAAAUGUUUGUGCAUAAUGCUUUGGAAAAAUGGGUCUUUUAUAGGAAAAAAACUGGGAUAACUGAUUUCUAUGGCUUUAAAAGCAAAAAUAUAUAAUAUACUAAACCAACUCUAAUAUUGCUUCUCGUGUUUUACUGUCACAGAUUAAAUUACAGCUUUUAUGAAUGAUUAAAUUUUAGUACAUUUUCA